AUGAACUCCCACAGAAGAAUGAUGGAUGGAAAUUACUCCUUCGUGACAGAAUUUAUCCUGGAGGGCUUAACUGAUUGGCCAGAACUCCAACUCCCUCUCUUCUUCAUAUUCCUAGGGAUCUAUGUGGUUACUGUGGUGGCCAAUCUGAGCUUAAUUACCUUAAUCUCGCUAAAUGCACACCUUCACACACCCAUGUAUUACUUCCUUUUUAAUCUGUCUUUUGUAGAUAUCUGUUAUUCUUCUGUCUUUACCCCCAAAAUGUUGAUGAACUUUGUAUUGGAGAAAAACACCAUCUCCUAUACAGGAUGUUUGACUCAACUGUAUUUCUUUUGCUUUUUUGUCAUCACAGAAUGUUACACACUGAUAGCAAUGGCUUAUGAUCGCUAUGUCGCCAUUUGCAAGCCACUGCUAUAUAAUGUUAUAUUAUCUCCUCGGGUCUGCACUAUCUUUGUAUUUGGGGCAUAUGUGAUGGGAUGUUGGGGUUCUCUGGCCCACACUCUCUGUAUGGCGAGAUUGACAUUCUGUGAUGCCAAUAUCAUCAACCAUUAUUUGUGUGACAUUCUCCCUGUGCUCCAGCUUUCCUGCACGAGCACCUAUGACAAUGAGGUUGUGGUCUUUGUUCUGGUUGGCUUGAACGUUUUGGUGUCUACAAGCACCACUUUUAUCUCCUAUGGUUUCAUCAUCUCUAACAUCCUCCGUAUCAGCUCCACACAGGGGAGGAUUAAAGCCUUUAACACCUGCAGUUCUCACAUAAUGACUGUUUCUCUUUUCUUUGGGGCAGCAUCAUUUAUGUACCUUCAACCUUCUGAUGUAGAGUCUAUGGACCAGGGGAAAGUGGCCUCCAUCUUUUACACAAAUGUGGGGCCUAUGCUGAACCCCUUGAUCUAUAGCUUGAGGAACAAGGACGUCAAACUUGCUCUGAAGAAGACUCUGAGAAGAAAAGUAUUUUCCUGAGU